AUGUGUGCUGACAUAUCCCACCAGCCCUGCACCACCCGCGAGUUCAUGAACUUCUUGUUGUAUAUCGAGAACUCGGCCGAAAACCUGCAGUUCUACCUGUGGUUUCGCGACUACGUCAAGAGAUUUGACCAGUUGCCGGAAAAUGAAAAGAAUCUAUCUCCACCAUGGGUUCCUGAGCAAUCCAAGCUCAAAAUCAUCCACACCAAGGCAAACUCCGACAUCGAUAUGAGUCCAGAGGAGAAACGAACAGCUGCACAAGAGGUGUCUCAAGCCAUUAAGGGGACUGAUUUCGACGCCAAGGCCAAGCUGACAACGAACGAAGCUGGGCACAACCCCUUCAGUACUCCACCUAGGACUCCAGUUAGCGAUAAGGAAAGCAUGUCUUCUUCGAUGGCUGGCUGGGGUGAUGACGGUUCGACUCUCUUCAGUGGGCGAGCUACCUCACAUACCAAGCAGUCGGCGGCCGCGUUCGAGACUGCCAAAGCAUUUCAACCAUUCACCGUUCAACCAUACAGAGAGGAGAUUUCACGUAUUAUCGCUACUUAUAUCACCAGUGAAGGAUCCCGAUGUCUGAAUCUUUCUGAUAAGGAGUCGGCCAAACUCCUUCGUGCCUUGUCCAUCACAACUCAUCCUUCUGCAUUCCGCGAGGUCGUGAGCACUAUCGAACGGACUCUCCGACAUCAAGCACAUCCCAACUUCAUCCGAUACACAAUUUGCAACGGCAACCGGCCACGCGUCAUCUUCGCUCGGGGUCUCGGUAUUGGUGGCAUCGUUGGUGGCCUUCUCUGUGCAGUAAUAUUCACCCUCAGCUCUGCUGGUCGUGGCUGGAGAGCUCUUUCUGCCAUUGGCUUCUUCAUUGGGAUUGCAACCUUGAUUGCUGCAUGGAAGGGCAUGUGUGUUGUUCUGCACGGAAUGCAUCAUCGUCAUCUCCGACCUUGGGAAUUGUUCUCGGAAGAGGACUCUUCUGAUUAUGAAAUGAAGAAAGACUCUAUGGAAAGCCAUGGAUCGAACAACAGCUAUGAGAACGAGCCAUGGAUUGCAAAAUACGAGAAGCGAAAUGUCAUUCGGAAGAUAUUUGACCGAGAGGUCUGGAUUCAAGAACCCGCACUUCGUCAGAUUCAGGACACUAUUUUUCUGCAGGCGGUGCUCGGCGCAUUUGUUUUGUCAGCGGUGGCAGUCGCAAUAUUCGUACCACUGCCAAAGGGUAAUUACUUCUGA